CAUAAUUUAUUUAUUGAAUAAUUAACAUUUCCUCAUUGAAAUUUCCAUUUCCUCAUGAAAAAUGAGGAAAUGUAGAGGUAAUGAUUUCAAGUCAGUUGCCAUUGCUUUGAUUACGCGUCGACCGGGACUUCAUUGUUUUGGUUCGGAGUCAAGCUAGGCAGAAUUGGUUAAUUUACUCAUUUAAAAAAAUGGACAGUCAUAUCAUAAUAAAAGUGAUCCAACUGUAUCAUUUCAUCAUUUACACAUUCAAUAAAAAAUAUGUAGAUGGCGUUAUAAUUUUUAAUAUUAUUUACUGCUGGCAAUAAAUUACUGUACUGUCAGUGUCAUAUUAAACUCAAACAUUAAAAUUGACAUUUGCAUUGCCUGAUUGAUUUCAUGAUUUGAUUUGAUUAUUUUCUUUAGUUUCUGAUGGUGAUUUAUGAAAUCUAGUCUUAUUCGAGAUGAAAUUAGUUGUCUUUGAUACUAAUUCAGAAAUUUGAAUCACCCUUACCCUGAAUGAAACCACUCAUAUGAUCGUUUUCACAGUUUUUGUUUUGUGAAGAAUUCCCAUCCUGUUAUUUGAAGAAGUGUAAACAUGUUUGCAAUGACACCUGAAUUUUUCCAAUUUAUGAAGAAAUUAGAAGAAAAUGGGGAUAAGCUCACUUGUACUCCUCCAAGUGAACCGCCCCUUGACUUUGAAUUUGAUAAUUCUACAUGUCACGUGUGCAAUGGCUACUACGGCCCUAGUUUUGGCGAGCCAGUUUGCGUAACUUGCCAUGCUUUUCUCUUCCCAGACUUUCCAUCGUACUUGCCUUCGUCGUAUUUCUAUAGUGAGAAGACAGAUGACGGUGACUCUGGGAACGACGAGCCUUCGGAUCUGAACUAUAGCUCUGAACGUAAAGUGAACAGAGCCUGCACUGUGCCCUCUUGGUGGUAUUAUAGAGUAAGUAUAUUGUACAAUCAAAUAGCUAUAGACAAGUGACAAAUUGAUAAGUUAGUACUUUGUUUACAAAGACAUUAUUAUGUUAACAACAAGGUUUUGUAGUUAGAUGAGAUGUUAUGUGUAAAUAUUAAUAUGGCAUUGCAUCAACAUCUCAUCUGCCUCAAUAUCAACCUCAACUGCCUCUUGUAUGACACAAGUACAUUGUAUCUCAAUUAGUUAGACUUAGAUCUACAUUCUGACAGAUGGGAGAUUUAGA